AUGAAUUCACCGCGGACAACACAUACUGUAAAGUCUCAUGGACUAGUAUUGGUCAGGACUCAUAUGCACGAUUGGUUGAUUCUUUCGCUACUACUAGCAAUUAUCAUCAUUUUAAGCCUUGUCCAUCCUUUUAAUCGUUACGUUGGAAAAGAGAUGACGACUGAUCUUAAGUACCCGUUUAGAGAUAGCACCAUCCCAUUUUGGACCGUCCCGUUAUAUGCAGUUUUGUUGCCAAUGGCGGUUUUUCUGGCCUUCUAUAUCCGUAGAAGAGACGUUUAUGACUUUCAUCAUGCCAUAUUAGGGCUUUUGUUCUCAACUUUUAUAACCGGGGUUAUUACAGAAGCUAUAAAAGAUGCAGUUGGUCGACCUCGUCCAGAUUUUUUCUGGCGCUGUUUUCCAGAUGGAAUUGAUCUUUAUGAUAAAUGGGGAGAUGUUAUAUGUCAUGGUGAUAUUGAUGUCAUAAGACAAGGCCACAAGAGUUUCCCCAGUGGGCAUUCUUCCUGGUCUUUUGCCGGUCUUGGAUUUUUGUCUCUUUACUUAUCUGGAAAAAUACAAGCAUUUGAUCGAGAAGGCCAUGCUGCAAAGCUCUGCAUAGUUUUUCUCCCUUUGCUUGCUGCAUCGCUUGUUGCCAUUACUAGAUUGGAUGACUAUCGACACCACUGGCAAGAUGUCGUUGGUGGUGGACUUUUAGGUAUCACAAUGGCCAUAUUUUGCUACUUGCAGUUUUUUGCACCCCCAUAUCACACUGAAGGUUGGGGGCCUUAUGCAUAUUUUCGGGCUACAGAGUCAUGUGCUAACAACCGAGGUUCUGAACUUCCACCAACUCAAAACUCGACAGGCCAAGUUGAAAUUCAGCAACAGGAGAGGAAUUACAAUCCAGCAAUGGGGAACUCUUUAGAUUCAGAUAUGUCACUAGAAGAUCUUGAAUCUGGUAGGCAGUAG